CAGAGAGGAACAUAUUGAUCUGGCUUUGUGUUGUUUUUUUUCCCGCCGGGUAUAGUUUCACUGUAAUUUCAUCAGCUGCUGCUACAGACAAGGUAAGACACAUUUGUUAUCGGAUCACAGGAUGCGACUAUGCGUGUAAGAGAUGGAUUCAGACUGAGUGAGCUUAUAAAACAGUUUUAAAGAAGGUUAAAUGUAUAUUCAUUGAAGGAGUCUUUGUCCAAGGAACUGAAGACUUUAGUCAUAUUGUAUAAAAACCAGCAGAAGGGGACACAGGCUACACAGCUUUUCCUUUAAGAAACUGAUGAAUAUCUCCAUGUUAAACCCGAUGCUCAGAGUAGUUCUUUGUUUCAGGUGCAUGGUGGGAUGGACUUCAUUGACCUCCUGCUCAGGAACCCGGACGAUACCACCGGUUGUCACAGCAAUCAACCAUGUACUUUCACAAUUCAUGAAACCCUGAGCCCCGGGGUAAGUACUGCUGAUGACUUCCUGGAUGCCUUGUUGGGUGGGAGCGACUCCUCUGCUCCAGCAUCCCCCCUGUGGUCACCCUGCACCACUGACAGCGGCAUCAACGAGGACGCACCGGCGGACCCCAGAGAGAGCCUUCACCCACCCUUCUGCUCAGUUUUUCCAGCCUUUGAAACGCAGUCUUUCCCUCAGCCUCCACUUCCAGAGAACCAGUCACCACAGCAUGAAAGAACAUCAGACGUUUCCAUUGAUCUAGGCUGGGAGUCCGAUGACCUCCAAGAGCCGCUUGGCCUCGCACACUACUGCACUACAAACCAAACCUCCAGUCAGACUCUCACAGUGAAGGACCUGCUGCUUUCCAGUCCGGGACAGAAAGCGCAGCGAAUCCCCAAGCAUUCCUCGCAGGAGCUUCUUCUUAAUGAGGAUGAGAAGAAGCUCCUGGCUAAAGAAGGGGUGAACUUACCCAGCAAACUGCCGCUGUCCAAGUUUGAAGAGAGGGUUUUAAAGAAGAUCCGGCGGAAAAUCCGCAACAAGCACUCGGCUCAAGAAAGUCGGAAGAAGAAGAGGGACUAUGUUGACAGUCUGGAGGGAAGGAUGUCUGCGUGUGGUGCUCACAACCUCAAGCUGCAGAGAAAGAUGCAGCAGCUGGAGGAGACCAACAAUGAUCUGCUGGAGCAGCUGAGGCGGCUACAGGCUCUGGUUCCUAACAGCUCCAGCAAAACAACGCACCGAGGGACCUGCCUCCUGGUUUUGCUCAUCUCCUUCUCGCUGCUCAUUUCCUCAAAUCUCCAUCCAGACCCCUACAGCCAACCCAGCCAGGGAGAGUACACACAGACAACAGUGCCGUCCCGCUCCCUGCAGUCGAUGGAUGAAGUGCGAGACGCCGCUCCUAUUCCUCUCUUCUCCAUCUCAAGGGGCGUUGAGGCUCUGUGCAGGCUGAUGGAGAAGCUCUGAGCCCUUGGUAGACUUCCCAUCCUCUCACCACCAGGAUUGCAGGCAAUCACUGAUCUCCUCGGGAACCCCCAAGAGGAAAGACGUAGGAAAGGAAAGCUGGCUUGCCUGCAGGCGUGGCAUACAAAUGAGCAAUUUUGAUUGCUUUUCAACAUCCGUUUCUCCCUUCAGAGGCUGAGAGUGAAGUAUUAUGGUGUGUUUGACACUCAUACACACUCAUACACAAGCGAGGAAGUCAUGUUGCUUUGGAAAACGGAGCCUCGGGGUCCUGGUUGACUAUGUAUUAUAUCUAAUCACUGCAUACUACUGCAAGAUGUAGACAGAUAUGAUCUGCUAAACAACACAAAUGUAUAUUCGCCGCUGUAUUUUAUUAUUGACUUUAUAUGUUAAAAAAAUGUUUGUCAAAAAAGAUUUGCACUUUGUAACAGUUUAGUUUGCAAUGCUGACGAAGCACAAGAUAAUUAAAAUGUUUACGCGACUGAUUUUUUGGGAAGCCCCGGAAGGGAUUUGUUUCUCUCAGUCAUGCCAUGUGUCCAAUUUGGAAGAGAUUCGCAUUCCAAACAUAAUGAGGCAAUAUAUGUGAAAAACUAAAAAAAAGAUGUGUCCUUAAUGAGCCAAAGCUGCUGGAAGGCUUAUCACUUAAAUCAAAAAAAAGUCAUAAUAAGCUUUACUUUCAUGAAAGCUGUCAAUGUGGGAAAGUGGGCUACAGUUUAAAAAAAUAUUGGAUAUCAUAUCUCAAUUUUAGAAAAAAUCUUUGUUAUUUUAUAUUUGGAAAUAUAAUUAUUGGCUGGUCAUGUAAUUAUGUGAAGUGCCUUUUUCCAGUGGGGUCAAAGAAAAUUGUUGCAAAACAGGCUGUCAUUGAAUGCAUUUGAAGGAUAGUGAUUGAAACUGCCGUCUGUUACCUAGAGACCAUCCAUUAAAAAAAAAAAGAACAACUCACCGGUUAAUUAUUGUCUCUAGUUUGCUGGUGCUGCACAUGUUUUCUGCCCCACUUUCUGUCCAGAACAUCCGUUGUUAUCUUCCUCAUCUCCGUUCCCUCACCGUAAUGCAUCAUAUUUCAGUGUGUCUGUUUCACAGAAUCAUCUUCGCAGCUGUAAGUUGGGGACAAAAUUUGCAUCUCAAAACACAUUUCAUCAGCUCGAUGCCUUCCCAGCGAAAGAAUGAGGGCAACAUCAAGGUGACAUGUGGGUUCAUGAAACGCUGACGUUCAAGCGUCCUCUGCUCACUGAAAUAACAUGAACUCAGCUGAGGCGAGUCCCACAAGAUGGUCUUUACACACUGCAUGUAUUAAAAUGUCUCUGGAAUACAGUUUGCAGACAGCGCUGUAGCUAACAGGACAAUACGAGAACAUGUCCUUCAAAAUAUUUUUAGAAAUUUGGAGGAUUUACAGUAAGUUUUGCAAGUACUGCCAUUUAGUAUGGACACAUUUGUGUUCUGCAAACUCGUUUGCAGAACAUGAUUCAUUUACAUUUAACAGUUAUCUCUGAGUGUUGUUUGUACAAGAUGUUACAAGGUGAACGAAACUUCAAAUAAACAUAUGAUUUGAGGAAACCCAAACGAUAAUGUGAGUACACUAACGGCACUGGGAGUCAGAAAUGAAUUUCUGAUCAGGCUGCUUGAAGCAGGGACAUUUGUGGUGUUGUGGUAUAGAGGGAGUCUAUAGAUCCACUUAGAAACUGAACAUCAGAUACUCAAUCAUGUCAAAGUUGAGUUGAUGUCACAAUUAUUUUGACCCCACGUCACCUUUCUGAGGUAUGGACACACUUUAAGAUACUGGCUGGAUCUUUGUCUUCCACUGCUGCUAUAUUCACGCAUUGCAGCAAUGGUUGGAGGGAGACAUUCAGAGUGAUAUCAAGUCACUCUGUCUACCAGAUGCUCCAAAGAAUGACACAAAGCGAGCACAUUAAAUGUCCUCAGCAAAGCGAUGCAUGAACCCCUUACCGAGCUAACAGUUAAGUGUAGUAUGAAUACAAUAAAGCACAAAAUAUUUGAGAGCUGUUCGCCACUCUCAUUCAUAAUCUCAUCUAUAUAAUCAUAAUAUCAUAUAGGCUAAAUCUUUAUUCUCUAAUGAAUAAAAAUGGACAUUCUGUAUUUUCACCUUGACCAAGAGAAAUGUUCACUUCAACAAAAAUGUUUUUACUUUACCCUCACAUUGACUACAUAAAUAAAAGAGGCAGCCAAUAGGUGCCAUGAAAACAUAAAAGUGUGAAGAUGAAAUUGCUUCUUCAAGUGUCUUGGAAAGCUUCAGCAGAAUGCAAAUUAGCAG